CCCUAUGCUACCCUCUAAAACCCUCGAAAACCAAAGUUCUCUAAACAGUAUAAAUUUUUCUCCUUCAUCUCUCCCUUGCAAAGUUGCAAUCUAGUAAAAGAAAUGUCAGCUUCAACAUUCUUAAUCUUCAGCAACUCCCUCAUCCGUGCCCGCAAACCCCUCUUUCCUCCUUUUUCUCCUCAGCUUCUCUUCUCCAAGGCCUUCCCCUCCCUCUCCUUCCGCUUCCACCGCCACACUUCCUCUGCUGCCGUACUCGACACAUUUAAAGCUAACAGCACAGAACCUCUCGAUUCGGCGUCUCAACCCCACCCCUGGCCCGAAUGGAUCACUUUCAUUGAAAAAUUAAAGACCAAGGGUUACUUGGUUGAAACUAAUAACGCUGCCACUUCCGAUGCGGCCAAUGGUUAUAAGGACAUGAAUUUUGUGAAAGACGCUUGCCUUAGCUUUGCUCGUGACCGUUUCGAUCUUCUCAAAUUGUUGUCUACUGACGAUAUUGAAACGGUUGUGGGGAUUGGAUGUCCUAAUCUUUUACGAAAAGCCGUGAAUUCAGCUAAAAGGUUGAGAGCCUAUGUUCAACUCGAUGAAGGGGAUGUUUGUAGUACUUGUAAUCUGCGUGGUUCCUGUGAUAGAGCUUAUGUGAUACUAAAGGGAGCAGAAGCAGCUGCUCGUACUGUGGACAUUGUGCGUAUCUUAUUAUCCUACGCCCUUGAUCCCCUUGUUAUUUUGGGGGGAGAGAAACCUCCUGGCAGAGAGCGUAUUGAUGCAUCUGCAAGGACUCUACUUUCUGACUUGACAAAAUUGAGUGAGACAUCAUGUGAUGCUGAACUUCCUAUGCCUGCCGCUAAAGCUCCUCCUCAAAAGGAAAAAACUGUUAGUGGAAAUGAUGACAGAGAGUUUAAAAAUGUUGAAAUGAAAAGAGGAGACUGGAUGUGUCCCAAAUGUAACUUCUUGAACUUUUCUAAAAAUCUGCAAUGCCUAAAAUGCAAAGAAGAUGGCCCAAGAAAAGUUGGUCGUGAUAAAACUGAAAUGGAGGAAGGAGAUUGGAUCUGCCCUGAGUGCAAUUUCAUGAACUUUUCAAGAAAUAUACGGUGCUUAAAGUGUAAAGCAGAGGGUCCAAAGAAGGUUGGUGUGAAUGUUGUUCAAAUGAAGAAAGGAGAUUGGAACUGCCCAGAGUGUGGGUUUAUGAAUUUUGCUAGUAAUAGAAAGUGUUUACGUUGCCAAGAGGCAAGGCCCAAGAGACAGUUAAAUCCUGGAGAAUGGGAAUGCCCUUCAUGUGAUUUCUUGAAUUACAGUAGGAACCAGGUUUGCCUAAAGUGCAAACAUGAACGCCCCAAAGAACAAACAGAAGAGUACGAUGAGCACACAUGGAGGAGACCUCGGCAGUUCUAUUAAGAAACAAAUCCGGAUGUUUAUUAACAAAGAAGAUUACAAAGUUUUUGUGUGAUGUAACUGCUCAGAACAUCAAGGCUUGGGCAUUUUGAGUAGCAUUCUACAAGAGGGCCAUUAGUCAAGUGAUUCUUCACUGCUUCAUGUUUGUCAAAUCCUAUGGCAUGCUUUCUGGGCUUUCACUAAAGUGAUUUUAGUUCCCAGAGUAUAUAUGGUGUUUGCCAGUUAUUAGAUCCUAAUUGAAAGGAAAAGUUGUAAAAGUGAAGGACGUGAUGUUUUUGUGAUUACAAUUGAAUGCAUAGCAUUCAAAUGUUCUUUUACAUUAGAAAGGUUAUGUAUCCUAAGGUCUUUAAAGCUUUGACUUUACAUUUUUGCAGGAAAAUGGAUGCUUACAGUUUUUUAUUUGGCCAUCAAAGUUCACAGUUUUAUAGGUUUAGGGUAAACAACAAAACAUAUUUCCAUCAGAAUAACGAGGGCAGCUACCAAAGAAAAAAAAAAAAAAAAGAGUAGCCUGUCGA